CCGAUGACACCGUUGACUUUUCAAAAAAUCAGAAUUUAACAAACAUUAGCAAUAAGCGCGUUAAUAAAAAACAAAGAAAAAAUUUUGAUUUGGAAUUUCACAAUAUUGCACAGCGAUUAAAAGGAUUUCGAAAAGAGCUUCCAAUAUGGAGAGAACGAAAAAAAUCAGUACAGGCUGUCAAAGAAAAUGAGACUAUCGUUGUUAUGGGAGAAAUGGGAUGUGGAAAAAGUACCCAAAUACCCCAAUUCUUGUUGGAUGCUGGUCUUUUAUCGGAUGGUGCUAUCGCGUUAACACAACCAAGGAGAGUCGCUGCUAUAAGUUUGGCUAAGAGAGUUGCUAAUGAAGUUGGAACGAAGCUUGGUCAUCGUGUUGGUUAUUCUGUCAGAUUUGAUGAUACAUCAUCUCGCGCUACAGUUAUAAAAUAUCUCACCGAUGGCAUGCUUUUACGAGAAUUACUAUCUGAUCCUUUGCUUUUGAAAUAUUGUGUAAUAAUUCUGGAUGAGGCACAUGAAAGAACAAUGCGUACUGAUAUUCUCUUUGGUAUGGUGAAAAGGGUUCAAGACGCUAGAAAAAAUGAUAAAUCUUGUAGUCCGUUAAAAGUAAUUAUAAUGAGUGCCACGUUGAAUUCUCAAAAAUUUGCCAAUUAUUUUAAUACAACUACAAUAUUACAAAUUCCGGGUCGACAGUUUCCGGUGAGCGUGAAUUACAGCUUUGUACCUCAACCUGAUUAUUUAGAUGCUGCGUUUACUACGUCAACGCAAAUUCAUGCAAAUCAACCACCUGGUGAUAUUCUGUUAUUUUUACCGGGCCAAGAUGAUAUUGAAAUUCUUGAAAAAUUAAUAACUGAAUACGGCACGACUUUGCCACCAGAUAAAUUAAAGAUAAUUCCGUGUUUGUUAUUUGCGGCUCUUCCGACAGAACAACAAACAAAAGUUUUUGAUCCCUCUCCUCCAGGAACUCGUAAAAUAAUACUAGCAACAAACAUCGCGGAAACUUCUAUAACGAUAAAUGGCGUUAGGUACGUUGUAGAUACGGGAAAAUGCAAAAUGAAAAAAUUUAAUUCAAGAGUUGGAAUGGAAAGCUUAUCCAUAGAAAAUAUUUCAAAGGAUUCUGCUGAUCAACGGAUGGGUAGGGCUGGUCGUGAGGCUCCAGGGUUUUGUUAUCGUCUAUAUACAGAAGAAGAAUAUAAUAAAAUGGAAAAAAAUACUGAACCGGAAAUUAAAAGAUGCAAUCUUGCAUCGAUUAUCUUAUUAUUAAAAGCUUUUGGUAUCGACAAUGUACUUGAGUUCGAUUAUUUAGAUGCUCCGUCAAGAAACUUAUUAAAAAGGGCUUUGGAGCAAUUAUUUAUUCUAAAAGCGCUUAAUAACCAAGGUAAAAUAACUGAUUUGGGAAGAAAAAUGUCAGAGUUUCCUCUUGAACCGGCAUAUGCUAGAGUCCUUAUCAUGUCAGAGCAAAUGUCUUAUCAACGUGAUCAUGCAUUGGAUAUGAAAAAGAAAUUUAUAUCUCCUCUUGGUGAUUUGAUUACCUAUUUAAAUGUUCUACGAUCAUAUGAAACACAUAAAGGAGAUUUGGAUUGGUGCAAACAGAACUUUGUUAAUAAACGAAAUAUGAAACAUGUUAUUAAUGUAAGAAAACAAUUAAUACAAUUGUGUACAAGAAUGAAUAUUUCUCCUACAACCACUUGCUGCGAAAACUAUGAACUACUAUUAAAAUGUGUAUUAAGCGGGUUUUUUCGUAAUUCUGCUAUGUUACAACCCGGUAACAAUGGUUAUAAAACUAUUGGGAGUAAUCAGGUAUUAACUUCAAAACCAUAUAUGAAAAAUAUUUCUGUAAUUCAAAGUGAUUGGCUUGUUGGCGUUUCUUCAAAUUUAUUGGAAUAG